AUGUCUGUGAAACAGGCAUCGGUCCAUGCUAAAUGGAUCAUCGGCAGAGUGAUCGGGACCAAGAUGCAGAAGACAGCAAAAGUUAGAGUCACCAGGCUGGUUCUGGACCCAUACCUGCUCAAGGUAAACACAGACAGGGCCAGCCCAGUGUCACAGGCGGGAUUUCCCACGGCAGAAAAAUACAUAUUGACCAUUAGACCAAGAGGAAAUCCCCUCUUGGGCCGAGGGUGACACUGAUUUUGAAGUUGCAGGCAGGGCUACCUCAUCACGAGACAAUGAGCCCGACUCAUGUCCGCUACAUUAGUACCCUGGGCCAGUCCAGCGCAUUCACUUAAUAGGUGCAUCUCUAAGGAGGCGACCUCUCCUUGUCGGCUUUACUUCAUCUGCCCUGAUGUAAAAAUAUAACUAGACAGAUGACGGCAAAUUUGUGUAGAAAAUUCUCCAUAAUGCUUUGAUUAUUUCUCUCUUAAUCAAUGCUGUUAUACUGUCAUGUUGAGCUUCUUUUUAUUCAGGGCACGGUAACAUCUACCAUCCCUAGUUGUCCAACAACUGUACCGGUCCUCACUCCUCAUUUUCACCUCUCUCUCUUACAGUACUACAACAAGAGGAAGACCUACUUUGCUCACGAUGCCUUGCAGCAGUGCACCGUGGGAGAUAUAGUCCUUCUGAAGGCCCUUGCGGAGCGCAGGUCGAGACACGUGAAACAUGAACUGGCAGAGAUAGUCCACAAGGUGGGCAACGUGGUGGAUCCCCUGACGGGGAAGAGGGUGGCGGGGAGUGAGUUUCUAGAGCCCCUCACUGACCCCCCACACAGUCUGGAGCAGGAGGGGACAACUCUAACAGAGAAAUUAAAGGAACUCAACAUCUCUGCUGCUGCCUCUUCAGGUGCAACCUUGGUCAAGUCAUCCACAACCGCACCUUGACUUUGCGUCAUUAUUUGAUUGGGAUGAUUUGUAUUUUGUAUAGCUACUGUUUUUUUCAAACUCAAAGCGCUUGACGUUGUAUGGGGGUGUAACUAAUCACCAAUUCUACCUGCUAUUUUUUAAUGUUUUUCUUUGUCAUUGAUUAUGUUGUCUUGGUUUAUAUGCAGUUCUGCCAUCAAGUCUCAUAUUUUUCCAUAUUUAAAUUCAAGGUGAAUUCAAUUGAUUUUUUUCGGGUGUUGUAUAGUUCAGCUGUUUUGAAAUCCGGGUGUAAAUCUAUCAAUCACAUCCAAUGCCAUACAAUUAUAUUUUAUCAUUGAAUAAAAAGACCUCAAUGGAAAAACA